CUGGAGUAACCAGUAAUAAACGCGCUGACCUGACUAGUGCUGACUUUAGUUUUGUACUCUACCACCAUCGGCACUGAUCGGCACCAUCAUCCCAUCAUCCCAUCAUCAUCAUCGUCGUCAUCAUAAUCAUAAUAGCUGAAGCCUGAAGCUUGAAGCUAACCAACCAACUCAAAAUCUAAAUUUAAUACAACACUAUUAAAUAUUAUUUUUUAAAUAUAAUUAAAUCGACUUUUCUGUUUUAAAUUUUAAAAUUACAUUACUAUUUGUAAUUGCAAUUUGCAGUCGUAUAACUACGUGAGAUCUAUUUUGUUUGUCGUAUGUCCAUCCAGAAUCUUAACACAUUCGACCCCUUUGCAGAUGCAAUCAAGGGUUCAGAUGAUGAUGUCCAAGACGGUCUCGUGCAUAUAAGAAUCCAACAACGAAAUGGUCGUAAGACCUUAACAACAGUACAAGGACUAUCUUCGGAAUAUGACUUGAAAAAAAUAGUACGAGCAUGUAAAAAGGAGUUUGCGUGCAAUGGGACUGUAAUAGAGCACCCAGAGUACGGGGAGGUGCUCCAAUUGCAGGGUGAUCAACGUGAAAAUAUAUGCCAGUGGUUAACUAAAGCAGGUUUGGCAAAGCCUGACCAGCUCAAGGUUCACGGUUUUUAAGUAUUUACUAAUUACAACAACAAGAACGAGAACAAUAACAACAACAACAACAACAGCAGCAGCAGACCAACUCCAUGUCACCACUCAGAAAAAACUUUCAAUUUCAUUAGCACCAUCCAAUAAUAAUCACAUUAAAUUAUUUGUAUCAUUUAAUUAUAUUACUUGUUGAUACUUGUUGGUCUGUUAUGAUCAAUUAUACGCAUAUAAUAAAUAUAUAUUUAAAUAUAUUUCAAUAAAUAAAUACAAAAAAAUAAAUAAAUAAAUAAAUAAAAUAAAAUAAACGAAAAAAAAAAAAAAUAAAUAACAAAAAAAUAAACUAUUUAAUAAUUAUAAAAAUAAAAUAACGGAUGUUAAUAUAGACGUAGUUUAUGCAAUCCGAACACUUUUUGUAAGACAUUAUAGGAAGCAAUACUUAAACAGCCUUAUGCUAGAUAAUCCGAUUAUCACUUGAAUUGUCACUACUUUGAAUUUAAUUAUUGAAAAACAAAAAAAAACAAA